GUUGUUCGUGAUUGGCUGAUAAACUUCCAUCCUGAAUGCCUGCUUCACUAUUCUACGAGGAAGAUCGAACCAGUCUGUAUUCGGAGCACGGAGGAAGAAGCUGGUUUGUAAAACAGGACCAUGGCGAUGAAACUGGCUUACUGGGAUAUCAGGGGGCUCGCCCAGCCGAUUCGCCUGCUGCUGGAGUACACCGGCACGAAAUACGAAGAAAAACUGUACUCCUGUGGUGAAGCCCCUGAUUACGAUAAAAGCUGCUGGUUCGAUGAAAAAGAGAAGCUUGGAAUGUACUUUCCCAAUCUGCCCUAUCUUGAGGAUGGUGACAGGAAGAUUGUCCAAAGUAACGCCAUCCUGCGGUACAUCGCACGCAAACACAACAUGUGUGGGGAGACGGAGGAUGAGAAGAUCCAGGUGGACAUUUUGGAGAACCAGGCAAUGGACUUUCGCAAUGGUUUCGUCAUGAUGUGCUACACUGACUUUGACAAUAUAAAGCCUGGUUACGUGCAGAAGCUACCUGGCCUGCUGAAACCGUUUUCUGACUUCCUGGGAGACAGGAAGUGGUUUGCUGGUGAUAAGAUCACCUUUGUGGACUUCAUCAUGUACGAGCUACUGGACCAGCAUCGCAUGUUUGAACCCAAGUGUCUGGAAGAUUUCAAGUCCCUGAGCGAUUUCCUGGACAGGUUUGAGGGGCUGGAGAAGAUCGCGGCCUACAUGAAGUCCAAAACUUUCAUGAAGACCCCAGUGAACAACAAGAUGGCCAAGUGGGGGAACAAGAAGGAGUAAAACCAGUACAACGGGAACGUGGUCCCCCAAUUGCCCUCCGUAUUGUAACACUCUGUCUGUUAACAGCAAAUACAGACACAUACAUGUACUAAUGCAGCUUGUGAUGUAACAGCACUGAAAGGUACAGCAGUAUUAUUACUAGAUUGAAUUUACAUAAAACGGCUAAAUGUGGUCAGUCUGCUAAGGAAGAUGAACACUGAUCAUUCUGUGUGCGGGGGGGGGGGGUGGAUGAAAGAACGCGUCUGCAGAAAGUCAGGUGUGUGGUCCUUUGUUCUCUUUAAUCAAAUUCUAUGGAUUACACCCCAAGAAAUCGGAUUGUAAUGGAUUCUCCUGCUUUGUAACAUGGUUUUACAGCACUUAUGGAACAGGCUUUUUUUUUCCCUCUAGCCUCAAGUUACUUAAUUGUUGUUGUGAAAAGUGAUAUAUGGUUCUACAGAGCUUCUUCUGUAAUUUUUAGUUAAUUAUACAGCUGUGUAAUGGUUUCAGAGAAUUAAGUUCAAUGCAAUAAAAUCUUUUCUGUGAAGACUAACCACA